UAUAAAUGAUAAAGUAGGAGUAGCAAAAUGGCGGUGGAAAAUGAUGAUUACAGUACUUUCAAUUUAUUUAAAAAAUCAGAAUUGUCUUCUUCUGAUAACGUUGAUAAAAAUAUUGAAAAAAUAGAAAAAUAUUUUUUUGACAUUACCCUUGAUAAAUCAGAAGAUUCGAAUAAAAAUGAAGCGACAAAUAAUGAACAGUUAUAUGAUCAAUUGAUAGAGCUGAAAAAAUAUGAAGAACUAGCAAGAUUGAAGAAUAAUUGGCUUCAUAAUUACUUAGCUAAUUAUUUUAAGAAAAAACACUUGAUGCAUGUUUUUACAGAGACAGAUGAAUAUGAGGAAGAUAAGAUGGAUGAUUAUAUUCAAAAAUUAAUGAAGUUUGAAAGAAUAAAUAAGAAACUUAAAUGCUUAGAUGAAGAAUGGAGAAUAAAUUUGGAAGAAAUAAAAGCAAAGAUUAUUGAAAGACGAUCAAAAGUUGCAGUUGAUGUAGAAGAUAUGAUAAAACGUGAAAAAGAAGCUGGAUUGAAUACUUGGAUUAAUGGGAAAUUGAUUUCGCCUAAAAAAGUUCAGAGUUUAAUUACAAAACAGCUUGAUGAGAUGCAACGAUUAUCUGAACAGCGUUUUAAAUAUAUGAAUUUGCGAAAUAAAUUAGUAUUAUUAACAGAUCAAUUAAAUUCAAUGACACAUUGCAAUCCUAAUCUUACAAAAGAAGAUUAUGAAAGAUUAGAAGCUGAAAAUUUUUAUUAUCAAGAAGAAUUAUCAAACAAGGAGAAUAAACGUAAACAAUUAUUGUCAAAAAUAGCAAGUAUUAGAAAUGAAAUUAAAUUAACUAACUUGGAAAUUAAAAAUAUAAAUAAAGAAAUGGACUUGUGUCAUAUAAAACGUCUUAAUUUAAACCAAAUGAUAAAUAAUUAUCAGAGAGAAAGAAGAGUUAUCAAAAAUAAAUUAUUAUUAAAUGAUCAAAUAUUGACAGUUCUUAAAAAAAAUUAUAAAGAUGCACAAUCAGGAGUUUUAGAAACUGAAAUGAUGGAUUUAAAAAAAGAACAUGAAGAAGGAAUAAAAAUUAUAGCUCAACAGUUGAGAGAAUUAAAACAUUUACGUGCAUCAACAAGUGCUCUAAAAACAGAUUUUAUUCUACAUGGAAAGAAUAUUGAAUUAAAUUUACGACCGGUUAAAUAAAAACAAGUGAUUUUGUGUGUAGAAUUUUUAGAUGUUUUUAAUAACGACAAACAAAUUGAAAUAUUUCUAAAAAUCAAUUUACAUGUCUGUGAAUUUUGAUUACUACUAAUAAUAUAAGUAAUCAUGGUAUUAUUGAUAAUAGUUUUAGGUAUUACUUUUAAUGUCAUUUUUUUGAUUUAUUAUAAAUAUCGUUCUUAUUUAGAACUAUAUG